UAAGCAAGUAAGCGCACCCAGCGAGCAUUAUCCGUUUCCAUACGUAACCCAGAACACUGCUCUCUUGCUUUUAUGCAAAUGUAUGCGCAACUUGGUUAUCAGCUUAGGAUCAAACUUCCAUGGAGCGAGCAGCUCCGCCACCGCGACCACCACCGCCACCGCAACCAACAACAAGUACUGCCAAUGAAAUGGGUAUUUAGAUGUGCAGCUUUAAGCAAACAAGGGCAACGAUUCUUGUCUUCUCUUGCCAUCGCCACUACUAAAGGAGAUACCGUAGCCACCAACCGUUUGAUAAAGAAAUUUGUAGCAGCGUCACCUAAAUCUAUUGCUCUUGAUGCACUCUCUCAUCUUCUCAAUCCUCACUCCUCUCAUUCUCACCUCUCUUCUCUCGCAUUCACUCUGUACUUGAAGAUUGCAGAAGCAAGGUGGUUUCAAUGGAACCCAAAGUUAGUAGCAGAUGUUGUUGCCUUUCUUGAUAAACAAGGUCGAUAUGAUGAAUCGGCGACUCUAGUUUCUGAUUCUAUUUCCAAAUUACAAGUUAAAGAGAGAGAUCUUGCUCGUUUUUAUUGCAAUUUGGUUGAGUCUCAGUCUAAGCAGAAUUCUAUCCGCGGUUUUGAUAAUUCUGUUGCUAGUUUAAUGCAACUUGUCUGCAACUCUAACUCUGUCUAUGUAAAAAGGCAAGGCUAUAAAUCCAUGGUUAAUGGAUUAUGUGAAAUGGGUAGGCCUAGAGAAGCAGAAACUUUGAUUGAAGAGAUGGGAAAGGAAGGAGUGAGGCCAUCAAUGUUUGAGUUUAAAUGCGUUGUGUAUGCAUAUGGAAGCUUAGGAUCGUUUGAAGAAAUGAACAAGUGUCUUCACCAAAUGGAAAGAGCAGGGUUUAGGGUUGAUACAGUUUGUUCAAAUAUGAUUCUUGCAUCGUAUGGAGCUCAUAAUGCACUUCCUGAAAUGGUUUUAUGGCUCCAAAAGAUGAAGGAUUUAGGCAUUCCAUUCUCAUUAAGGACUUGCAAUUCAGCUUUAAAUUCUUGUCCUACAAUAAUGUCAAUGAUGCAAAACUCAAAUGAUUUUCCCAUUUCAAUUCACGACCUGAUGAAGAUUUUGAGUGAAGAUGAGGCUCUAUUAGUCAAAGAAAUUGUUACAUCAUCAGUUCUGGAUGAGGCAAUGAAGUGGGACGUAGCAGAGGCUAAGUUGGAUUUGCAUGGAACGCACUUGUGUUCAGCUUAUUUAAUAAUAUUGCUGUGGAUUGAGGAGAUGAGAAAGAGGUUCAAAAGUGUUAAUUAUGUGAAUCCAACAGAAAUUACAGUGGUUUGUGGUUCGGGAAAUCAUAGCAUUGUUAGAGGGGAAUCUCCUGUUAAGUGUAUGGUCAAAGACUUUAUGGUUCGAGCAAGAAGCCCUAUGCGAAUUGAUAGGAGAAAUAUAGGUUGUUUCAUUGCUAAAGGGAAAGUUGUUGAAGAAUGGUUGUGUUAAUUGAAAAGGAGAAAAACUAUAAUUAUGUUGUUCUUUGAAA